UUGAAAAACAAAGAGAUAAGGCAAAUUCGUGUAGUUUCUUCAUCUUCUUCUAUUUGAACUUCCAACUUCCAAGCCGAGAAGAAGAACAACGCCGGCAUAGAGCAGCACUCAACACUCAUCACAAUCAAAUCAAAGACAAAAGAAAGUAGAAUUCUAAGAAAAAAUGUUAGCAAAUUCAUUAUCAUUAACUCAUAAUUAUCCACAUUCUUCUACACUUCCUUCUUCACAAUCAAAGCAUUGUAAGCUUCUUCUAUCUGCUUCUACUUUUUCUCGCUUUAAAUCUUUCAACACUUUUCCUUCUUUCCAUUUGCUUUCUCCAAGAAUUUUCCAUGGAAGAAGGUUUUGUAUUAGAGCUUUGUCUGAAGCUCCAAUUUCCGAGUCAUCCCCAGAUGCCCUUCUGCCUUAUUCUGUUAGAAUCCCAUUUGGAGAUAGACAUAUCUUGGUCGAGACAGGUCAUAUUGGUAGACAAGCUAGUAGUGCUGUAACAGUGACAGACGGAGAAACGAUAGUCUAUACAACUGUUUGUUUGUCUGAUAUUCCUAGUGAGCCAUCUGAUUUCUUCCCUCUUUCUGUAAACUAUCAAGAGCGUUUUUCAGCGGCUGGUCGUACAAGUGGUGGAUUUUUUAAACGUGAAGGGAGGCCAAAGGAUCAUGAGGUUCUAAUUUGUAGGCUGAUUGAUAGGCCAUUGCGUCCUACUAUGCUUAAGGGCUUCUACCACGAAACUCAGAUUUUAUCUUGGGUUUUAAGUUAUGAUGGAGUGCAUCCUCCUGAUUCAUUGGCAGUCACGGCAGCUGGAAUUGCAGUUGCUCUGUCAGAGUUACCACACACAAAGCCAAUUGCCGGAGUCCGCGUAGGUCUUAUUGGUGGGAAGUAUAUUGUAAACCCUACUACUAAGGACAUGGAAGAGUCAGAGUUAGAUCUGGUACUAGCGGGUACCGAUAGUGCUAUUCUGAUGAUCGAGGGUUAUUGUAAUUUUCUCCCAGAAGAAAAGCUGCUGCAAGCUGUAGAAGUUGGGCAGGAAGCGGUACGGGCAAUUUGUAAAGAAGUGGAAGUUUUGGCUGAAAAGUGUGGGAAACCUAAAAUGGUUGAUGCUAUAAAAUUGCCUCCUCCAGAGCUGUAUAGGCAUGUCGAGGGGAUCAUUGGAGAUGAAUUGGUACAUGCUUUGCAAAUAAAGAAAAAAAUACCGAGAAGGAAGGCCCUUGCAGCACUAGAAGAGAAAGUUGUAGAUAUCCUUACUCAGAGGGGCUAUGUUGAAAAGAUUGGGGCUACUAUGGCUGCUGAAACUGUGCCAGAUUUGUAUGUGGAUGAGGAUGAAGACGAGGAAGUGGUUGUUGAUGGUGAAGUUGAUGAAGGUGAUGUUCAUAUAAAGCCAUCUCCAAGAAUUUCGAUUCCCUUGUUGUUCUCCGAGGUAGAUGUGAAGCUGGUUUUCAAGGAGACUACAUCCAAAUACCUGCGGAGACGUAUUGUCGAGGGAGGACGAAGAAGUGAUGGGAGAACUCCUGAAGCGAUUCGUUCUAUCAAUUCUAGAUGUGGAUUGCUUCCUAGAGCCCAUGGAAGUGCUCUUUUCACGCGAGGAGAGACGCAGUCGCUGGCAGUUGUGACCCUUGGUGACAAACAAAUGGCACAAAGAAUAGACAGCCUAGAGGGUGACGAUGAGUCAAAGAGAUUCUACCUUCAGUACUCAUUUCCGCCAUCUUGUGUUGGAGAAGUUGGACGGGUAGGAGCACCAAGUAGAAGAGAAAUUGGUCAUGGAACACUUGCAGAGAGGGCUCUUGGACCUGUCCUACCCUCAGAUGACAAGUUCCCAUACACAAUACGUGUUGAGAGUAACAUAACUGAAAGCAAUGGUUCAUCAAGCAUGGCAUCGGUUUGUGGAGGUUCGUUGGCACUGCUAGAUGCUGGGGUCCCAGUAAAGUGUCCAAUCGCAGGUAUUGCGAUGGGUAUGGUUUUAGAUACCAAAGAAUUUGGAGGUGACGGAACGCCACUCAUUCUCUCAGACAUAACAGGAUCUGAGGAUGCCUCCGGAGAUAUGGACUUCAAGGUUGCAGGAAAUGAUGAUUGCAUUACAGCAUUCCAAAUGGACAUCAAGGUUGGAGGUAUUACUUUGCCCGUUAUGAAGCAGGCACUUCUACAGGCAAAGGAUGGACGAAAGCGUAUUUUAGCUGAGAUGUCAAAAUGUUCACCACCUCCAUCAAAAGAGCUCUCUAAAUAUGCUCCAUUAAUUCAUGUCAUGAAAGUCAGGCCAGAUAAGAUUAAUCUUAUUAUUGGUAGUGGAGGGAAGACGGUAAGAAACAUUAUCGAAGAAUCUGGAGUUGAGGCAAUUGACACUCAUGAUGAUGGAACGGUAAAAAUUACUGCAAAGGAUUUGGAGUGCCUGGAGAAGUCUAAGAUUAUGAUUGGAAACCUAACAAUGGUUCCCACGAUUGGGGAUAUCUACAGGAAUUGUGAGAUUAAAUCUAUUGCUCCUUACGGUGUUUUUGUUGAGAUAGCUCCCGGACGCGAGGGACUUUGCCAUAUUAGUGAACUGAGUCCUGGUUAUCUCUCCAAAGCUGAAGAUGUUUUUAAAGUUGGAGACCGGGUGGAUGUCAAACUUAUUGAGGUGAACGAGAAGGGUCAGCUUCGCCUUAGUCGACGCGCUUUGAUUCCUGAUGCAGAUCCGUUAGUUCCCAGCACAAAGCAACGAGGAACUGCUGUGCCGAAAGAAAGUUCUGUAACUAAGAGUGUUACUAAGAAAGUUAUUGGUGCGGCGAAAGACAAACCACUAGAAGAGAAUGUUGAUCUUAUAAAAAUCAAAUCAACUACUCCAAAACCAUCUUCAAAGAGCAACACAGAUCCGGAGAAGGUACUUCGAGAUAGGCCCAAGAAAGGAAACAAAGCUACAAGUGAAAGCGAAACUAGUUUAGUAAAUAAAGAGGCUAAAAUUGGAUAGUCCGGAGUUUUUUGCACCCGGAAUUCAUCUUCAAAGAAAGCUGUAGCUAUGAACGCUUACAAAUCAAAAAAUUUCACCUUUGUUCUAACCGAAGCUAAGCGUGAAAGGUUGGAGUUCCCUCUCAAAAGUCAAAAGCCAUGAGGGGUAUAGAUGACGCUAGUCAUUGGCAUAGAAAACAGUGGCAGUUUAAUUACAGCAUCAGCAAAAGCAAGAUCCCAGAUUGGACCCAAAAUCAUGCAUGCUCAUCCCAUCAUUAAAGUGGUAAUUGACUAUUGUUUGUCUAUUGAUUCUAAAAGUUACUGGAAACUAACAGCAGUUCUUCUUGUUUCAUCUGUUCUAUUAUAUUUGUUAAAACAUUGGCUUAAUUUAGAUGUUUUUGUUAAAACAUUGUACAAAGAUAUAGGUUUUCUUUUGUUUGGGUGUGCAUGUGUUUUGGGGGCUUUCUUAGCUAAACAAAGGUUCUUGAAGUUUAUAUCUUCCUGGAAGUGAAUAUUAUGUUUGUUUUCUUUUGUGUU